AUGGCUCUAGUUGGUCAGGCUGCCAUGGUUGCGCAAUUUGCAGGAGUGGACGCCUACGGGCUCAUCAAGAUGAUCGCCGAUGCGACGCAGACGGUCCGGAGGAACAGAGCCACCUGCCUGCAGCUCGCGCGCCGCGCCAAGAUGAUCGGAGACCUGCUGCACCAGCUCCACGCCGCGCAGCUCAUGCAGCAGCCGGAGACGAGGAACCCCAUUGAGCAGCUCGAGGAGACGCUCCGGCGUGCGCUGCUGCUCGUCAGGUCCUGCCAGGGCCGCGGAUACCUCUACCGGUGCUUCAUGGGGGCGCGCCACGCCGACGAGCUCCGCGAGGUGCAGGGUGAGAUCACGUUCUACCUCCAGCUUUUCCCUCUCGUCAGCUACGUCGACACCACCCUCACCUGGGUCAGACUCCUCAACAAAGAUGCUGCUCCUCAACCUCCUUCAUGCAAAGAGGCACCUGUGGUAAGACCAUAUUUUGUGCCGGAUGAAUGGUGCUUGCUAGUUUCUUAUUCAGGAAGUAUACCUUGGCACUGUAUACACAUGGUUUACAUCCUUCUCUUCUUUUUAAUAUCUAUUAACCACCCGUCGGCAAAAUUUAUCUUGGCAUGUAUCUGCAGGAGUUAA